CAGUUGGCAGGGCACAUAAAGGACAGCUGUGGAGCAGCUGGGAUGGCCAGCACCACUGGUGGCAGCACCAUGAGCGGAUGUCCAUUUUUAGGAAGCAACUCUGGAUAUGCUUUUAAAAGUCUGUCUGUAGAAGACAGUAAAGAAGAUGAGUCACAAAGCGGUGUGAAUAAAGCCAGCAGAGGAGGAGUUGUCUAUGGGAACUACCUGCAUCUGGAAAAAAUUUUGAAUGCACAAGAACUUCAAAGUGAAAUAAAAGGAAAUAAAAUCCACGAUGAGCAUCUUUUUAUCAUCACUCAUCAAGCUUAUGAACUCUGGUUUAAGCAAAUUCUCUGGGAAUUAGAUUCUGUUCGAGAGAUCUUUCAGAAUGGUCAUGUCCGGGACGAGCGGAACAUGCUCAAGGUGGUCACUCGCAUGCAUCGGGUGGUGGUCAUCCUCAAACUCCUGGUGCAGCAGUUUUCUGUCCUGGACACCAUGACAGCCUUGGACUUCAACGACUUCAGAGAGUACUUAGUUCCAGCCUCAGGCUUCCAGAGUUUGCAAUUCCGACUCUUAGAAAACAAGAUAGGCGUGCUUCAGAGCAUGCGAGUGCCCUACAACAGAAGGCAUUACCGAGACAACUUCAGCGGAGAAGACGACGAGGGUCUGCUGAAGUCAGAGCAGGACAAGACCCUGCUGCAGCUGGUGGAGGCCUGGUUGGAAAGAACGCCUGGUUUAGAGCCACAUGGAUUUAACUUCUGGGGAAAGUUUGAAAAAAAUGUCACCAAAGGACUAGAAGAGGAAUUCAUAAAGAUUCAGGCUAAAGAAGAGUCUGAAGAAAAAGAGGAAGAAAUGGCUGAAUUUCAGAAACACAAAGAGGUGCUGCUGUCCUUAUUUGAUGAGAAGCGUCAUGAACAUCUCCUUAGUAAAGGCGAAAGACGACUGUCGUACAGAGCACUCCAGGGAGCCCUGAUGAUACAUUUUUACAGGGAAGAGCCUCGAUUCCAGGUCCCUUUUCAGCUGCUGACUUUUCUUACGGACAUAGACACGCUCAUAUCCAAAUGGAGAUAUAACCACGUGUGCUUGGUGCAUCGGAUGCUGGGCAGCAAGGCAGGCACUGGUGGCUCCUCCGGGUACCAUUAUCUGCGCUCGACCAUGAGUGACAGGUACAAGGUGUUUGUGGAUUUAUUCAACCUUUCUACGUAUCUGGUCCCCCGACACUGGAUGCCAAAGAUGAACCCAAUCAUUCAUAAAUUCCUUUACACUGCAGAAUACUGUGACAGUUCUUACUUCAGUAGUGAUGAUUCAGAUUAAAUUUAUAUGAAAAUGCUGUGAAGAAUAUUGAUUUCUCAGUCCAUUUUUUAUUUUUGGAAUAAUCCUAUAUACAUGUAGAGUCUAAAUGUAGUAUAUUUGGUAAUAUAAUAUAUUUGUAAUAUAUGGCUCAACAUCAUAGUGAUCUGAUUUGCUUCUGGAAAUAAUUGUCUCCUGUUUGUGAGGAUGUAAGAUUAAGCAUUAAGAUGCAAAACAAUUUGGUUAAAUGGUAACAUCAUAUAUGGGGUCCUAUUAAAAGCUCAGUUUCCCCUGGUGCUUACCUUAAUGUAUCUACUAAAUGUAACCUUGUAUUGUUUCAUAUUUUACAAGCCUUUAAACCAGAUAUUUCAAAUAUUCUGUGCAAUAAAAUAUGUCAUUCUAUACAAAACCUUUUGAAACAAAUAGGAUAAAAUAAUAAAUUUAGUUGUUUUUAAAAUGUUA